CGGCAUAAUAUUUUCUAUUGCGUUUCGGCGAACAGAACAGCUAACAACGUUAAGACACACUACCAUGUGGUGUCUUAUGCGGGAUUUCUUGUUCAUCGCGGCUUUGUGCGCUUUGUGUCGUCGACCGACGGCUGUCGCGGGACAACCGGAAUCGCCAACGACCACGGCAACAGCUUUUGAAGACAAAAUCGGUGCCACUCAAAGGCCAAACGCCGGUUCGAGAAACGACACGGUUGGCUCGGACAUACUAAAACAGGUUUUAUCAAAAAAAUGUUUGCACCAUUAUACGAUGACCUGUCUAAAGCUGGAUCUGGUCAGAUUGAUCGACCGGCUGGGAACGGCACGAGCCUAUCAGCUGGUGCCUGGCAUUUCUAUUGUACGUUCGACCGACGCUAAUCAAACCAAUGGUCAUCAGACCCAUCAUCACCACCAUCAUCAACUUAUUCCACCAGAAGUGAUUAGGUCGUUGGUACGCGGCAACGAGUCCAACGAAGAACUCGACGGGUUUCUCAUGGAAAAGGCGGACGGCUACCUAAAUACAUUGUCCAUAAGCGUCAAGCUGGUUGACUCUUCGAUAAUGGAUAACAUUCGAAAACUAAGCAGUCAAGUGCUCGCGAACAUACUACCAAGCAACUUAUUACAAACAGGACGAGGCAAAAAGCAUGGUAUGCACGCCGCUCUAUGGUCAGCUGGCACCUUGGCCGCUAUCGGUUUCGCCGCUCUUGCAGCCAUGUCGGGCAAAGCGCUGAUGACCGCAAUGCUGGCGUUAGUGUUGGCCGCCAUUUGCGCCCUUAGGGGCCAUGGUGGAGGCGGAGGAGGCGGCGGUAGCGGUAAGACGUCGCACUAUGAGAUCAUCACCAAACCGGCCAUCUACGAUCACGAUCACCUGGUGCACGGUGCCAGCUACUCAUCUGCACCAUACAGUUAUGCCAGACACCUCAACAUGGACGACGGCGACGGUGGACGAUCAGUCGGAGCGCCUCAACAUAUCAGCGUUGUCCACGCCGACUCGGCUGGGCCCAUUCAACCGCUUCAGGACACCGAAGACUCACCACAACAGCCUUACCCGUUGUCACCCAUCACUUACAUACCGACAAACAACACUUAAUCGGCCACUGGUGCCUCUACACGAACUUUAUUAAUUUAUUUUUAUUUAUUUAUUUAUUACAAAUUAUACCUACAUGUAUAUAUAUAU